AUGCACUGUGUUGGUCCCUCAGUCGAUGCCUAUCAGCACCUGCACAGUCGAUCACAUGAGACUCCCUUGCAUGAUUCUAUCACGGGAAAGGAAUUUGAGAUCUACAACACGCUUACUCUCGGCAUUGAGGUUGAUCGACAGCCGAAUCUGCGGGAUGUCAUGGCACAGAGCCUAACUUGCCGUUCAGGACCUCCAAUUGAAUCGGGCAUUGCCCGAGAGCUACAGUCGUGA